AGUUUGUUUUGGUUACAUUGCAGCGGAAAAAACACGUGCGGUGCCGGCUAGUUCCCGAACUAUUCAAUUAAACAUGCAGAAACAACGGAAAUUUAAUCCCAAAAAGACACCUCACAAGUUCCAGGGGCGCAAGAAAGCCACGGACGUGUCAUGGCAGCCAGUGAAACUGAACGGGCCUGUAAUAGCCGAUGAAGGUGCCGAUUUCGGUGGCUUCGUGGGGCUCGAAAUCUUGGAGAACUAUUCCGGCGACUUUGUGCGGCAGGAGAAGAGAAAGAACAAUGAAGAGGUUGAGUUUGAUGGCAAGAAAAAGAAACCGAAACGCAAACGUUCUAUAGAUAGUGACGACGAAAGCGAUUCGGAGGAGGAGACUAGGAGCAAGAAAAAGCAAAAGAAAACUAAGAAAAAGAAGACCGGUAAGCCAAAGGAUGAGGAUUCUAGUGAAGAUGAUUCUGGGUUCGAUGAUCAACCUAAGAAAAAAGGCAAACCCAUUAAGCAAAACGUUGUCGCUCAGCCGACAAAGGAUGAUAGUGAUUCUGACGCCCACGAUGACCAAGAGGUGGCUCCAGCUUUUUCAAUGCUGCUGAAAAAACCUCCAACAGCUAAACAAUCGCAGAAAGUUCAGGACUCGGGAAAGGAGCCCGUUUCGACUGUUCCCUCAACAAGUUUAAGCUCAAAACAUGAAAAGAAAUUGAAACAAGAUGCGACUACCGAAAAGCCUGAAAAAUCCAAUGGGCGAUCGAAGGCCAGUAAAAAACCAACACAGAAAAAUGGCAAGGAGAGCAACACGAAGCCAGGAUCAGUAAACGGUGGAGCGGUACCUUAUUCUAGUGCUGAUUAUAUGGCUUGGAUACAGCUGGGCGUUUCUGAACCGAUAGUAAGAGCGCUCGCUGACAAGGGCUUCAAGGUACCGACCGAAAUCCAGAACAAAUCGCUUCCGGUUGCCAUUUACGGCCGGCGGGAUUUGCUCGGUGCUGCCGAAACGGGAAGCGGCAAAACGCUUGCAUUCGGAAUACCCAUGCUGGAAGGUAUUAUGCGAAUGAAGAAGGCCAAGCAGCAGAAUGCCGAUGAUUCGAGCGAGCACGAGUUGACACCUCCUCCGGAGGAUGUUGAUAUAACGGAGGAGGAUGAGCGGGUGUUCGCCGAGGAAGGUCGACAUUUGAACAAGCAUUGCGUGGACACGGAGAAACCGCUGUACGGGUUAAUACUAACGCCGACCCGUGAACUGGCGGUACAGAUAAACGAUCAUCUGAAGGCCGUUGCCAAGUACACGGACAUCAAUAUAGCGACCGUCUUUGGAGGAUUGGCUGCGGUGAAGCAGGAACGUUUGCUGCGCAAGUGUCCGGAAAUAGUGAUUGCUACGCCCGGGCGCUUGUGGGAGCUGAUACAGAGUGAAAAUCAUCACCUUUCCAAGGUGGCCGAUAUAAGGUUUCUAGUAAUUGAUGAAACUGACCGGAUGCUGGAAAAAGGACACUUUGAAGAACUGAAGCAACUGUUGGAGCUUAUCAACGCGAACGAAGAGGCGAAGAAAUUGCGGCGCAACUACAUCUUCUCGGCUACGCUCACCAUGGAUCACGAGAUGCCUGAACAUUUGAAAAAAAACGUAAAAAAAUCGAAAAACGUGCUCAAGCUAACUCCCGGCCAGCGUAUGGGUAAUCUGAUCGAAACAAUCGGUAUGACCGAUCCGAAGAUCGUCGAUCUCACGCAAGAUCACGGCACAGCACGUACGCUAACCGAGUCGCGCAUCCUAUGCCAGGCGGAGCAUAAAGACUUUUAUCUGUACUACUUCCUCGAUCGCCAUCCAGGCCGGACGCUCGUGUUCUGCAACUCGAUCGACUGCGUGAAGCGGCUCGUUUCGCUGUUCGACUAUCUGAACUGUGAGCCGCUUAGUCUGUUCGGUAGCAUGCAGCAGCGUCAACGGUUGAAGAAUCUGGAACGUUUCACCGCAAACCCGCGCGCUCUGCUAAUCGCGACCGAUGUGGCUGCACGCGGUCUGGACAUCCCCAACGUGGACCACGUCAUCCACUAUCAGGUUCCGAAAACAACGGAAAAUUAUGUGCACCGUUCGGGACGUACGGCGCGUGCAAGCCGCGAAGGGCUAACGGUGUUGCUGAUCGGGCCGGGCGAAGUGCGGGACUACGUUAAGCUCAAUCAGGAUCUGGGCCGUACGCAAGAUCUGCCGUUGUACCCUACGUCCGAGCGAGUGAUGAAGCAGGUAAGGGAACGAGUUUCGCUGGCUCGUCAAAUCGAGCGUAUGGAUUUGCAGCAGCGCCGCGAAACCGUGAGUCGCUCGUGGGAAGAUCAGCUGGCGAAGGAGUUUCAGAGCGAUUCGGACGUGGAUAGUGAGCAGGAGAGUAUGCGACGCUUGGAACAGACGAAGCGCAAGCGUCAGUUCAAAGCGAGACGUUUGGAGCUUAGCCAGCUGCUGGCCAAACCGAUCAUUGCCGAUCAGCUUGAGAUGAACUAUCCGUCGUUGAACGUGGGCGCUAUGCAGAGCGGACCAGUGGACCAGAAAGAUCAGUCCGCCAUUAGCCUCGUGCGCAAGGCAGAAGAACAGCGAAUGCUAGAGAAAAAGCAGCGAAAAAAUAAGAAGAAAUGAAGCUGACCGAGGGACGCAGUUUGAGGUGUGUGCGUAAAGGAAUUUUUUUCUUUCGGUAAGGUACAUAUUACAAAUUUUCAUAUUUUAAAACCGAAA